GACUCAUUCCCUACCUUCCUAUAAACGGUUUCUAGACCGAGUUCUAGCAGAAGAUGGUAUGAAGGACGGAUAAAGAGAAUGGAGGAAACAGGAGGGACAAAUACUACAAUUACAAGGGAACAGUUCCUUGCUGUGCUGCAUUCAAAUGACAGUGUUUUCUGCUGUUUACCAUGUUGUAAACAAACAAACAAGAUAUUACCGACCAGAAAUAAUGAAACAAACUCUGAGUUUUUUGAAUUUACACCGAGUAGAAAAAUUCGAAUUAUUAACAGAUAUCCACGCCAAGAUUAUCUAGACAACUGGCGUACUGAGUCCCAAGCUGAUACUAAAACUCUUGAAGAGACUCUCUCUGACGAUGAAGAUUAUUGGUUUGAGAAUGCUGCCCCAACAAGACUUCCAGUUAUUCAGCCCCCACCACUGCAACAACAAAACCGUAUCAUCAACAAGUUUGAGCCUAGAACACAACCCAGCAUUAGUUCUAAAUCUUUAGAAGAAGAUGUAAUAUCUCCAGGUCGGAUGCCAAGGAAGAAUUUCAAAACAGAAUGUGUUGAGGAUACAGAUGAUUAUGAAGAUGAAUCUCAGGUUUCAACGUCUUUGAGCAAUGAAAAUGAAACUCCUGAAAAUCAAAAGAAGAAAGACACAGUUAUGUCAGCAGUGAUGAAAAGCAGUGCCGGUACAAUCCUAGACAUCACAGCUGAAUCAACAGUCAAAAUCAAAAGAUCAUCAAGCCUAAAUAAAACUUCAGAAUCUCCAAAAUCAAGAAAAUCUCUUUCACCAGUCUCCAGAAAAUCGAUUUCUCCUGUUUCUCGAAGAUCAAGUUCUCCAUCACUAAGAAGAUCUCUCUCCCCUGGAACUAGGAAAUCAGGUUCCCCAGGCACAAGACGGUCAAAAUCUCCAAAUGAGGGUUCAGAUGAGGGAAGCAGAGAGCCAAGUCCAGAAGUUCCUGACAGGGUAGUGUGUGCAGUUCCAGAUCCUGUAGAAUCAAACUCAGAUAGGGAUACAUUCUCCAAUAUUGUGGUGACAGGAAGUAACCUUGGUGGAGUUGCAAACCAAGGUUUCACAUCAGAUGAGGAAGAUGGGCCUGACACAGGAGUUCAAGUUGAUGCAGUUCAUCAACAUGUCCGAAUAUCUAACCAAAAUGGAACAAAGCAUGAAACCUCAAGUUCAAUAACUUUCCCAACUCCUGAGCCUUUAAGAUUUUCUGAACAUAAUAAUCUUCUGCCAAUCCUAUUCUUCCUGCAUGGUGUUGGCGGUUCAGCAGAUAUUUGGAAUUCACAAAUGCAAUAUUUUGUUUCUAGAGGUUAUCAAGUCAUAGCUCCAGACAUGCUGGGCCAUGGAUUUUCAAGCUGUCCUGACAAACUUAGAGCUUACACCUUUACAAAGCUUUUUAAGGAUAUAAUCUCCAUCUUUGAUACAUAUGUACCGGACAACAGGUCCUGUGUUGUCAUUGGUCAUUCCUAUGGUUGCUCUUUUGGUGCUGCUCUAGCAAGAACAAGACCUGAAAAGGUGAUUUCACUGAUCCUCAUAGCAAGUGGAGGACCAACCCCACUUGCUCCACCACCAAACCUCUCAAGGUACCCAAAGUGGAUAAUGAACUUUCUCAGACUUGCCCUAGAAUGCAAGUUUAGGAGCCAGCAACAUAAAUACAACCCUCGUGGCAAAUCUAUCAAGUUUAAAGAGGCAUUUGAUGUUCCAUCUUAUGUGUUCAAGUAUGUUAUGCUUGGUCAGAUUUGGCCUGAAGGAGAUGCAGGGUUUCAUCGACGGAUAGGAGUACCAACCCUCCUGGUUUACGGGAUGAGGGACACCCUGGUAUCCUUGGUGGAGGAGUGUGAGAUGGAGAGAACUAUACCUAAGUCGUAUCUGGAGCUAAUACCAAACGCUGGACACUGUGUAAUGCUGGACACCCCUGAUCAGCUGAAUACUAUGAUGUUCAAGUUCAUUAAGAAAUGGACUUCAGACAUCCAGACCACAACCAUCUAACCACGCCUCACACAUUUUAAUGAAUUUUUACAGUACCACUGUUUAAAAUGGCAGAAAUAACAUGCAUUUUUUUGUAUAGAUACAAAUUCACAAGUAACUAUUAACAAAUAUGUAAUGCAGAAAACCUGGGUAACAGUAUUUUUUAUAAAUUUUUAUAUCAUUAGUUAUCAAUUUAUGGGAGAAGUAAACCGUCCAAAGAAAUAGAAAAUUAUUUCUUUACAACAAGCUCUGUGAUAAAUUUACAUAAUUUCAAUUACUUUAACUAUUUAUGAAACCCUUAAAAUGUACUUAUCAAAAUAAAGAAGAAAAAGUA